AUGGGAUAUGACGCGGUAAUUGGAGAUCCUCUGGGAAAUUCAGAUUCACAUUCUGACAUAGGGUAUAAAUUACCAAUCAUAUCAAUUCCCAUUAAGAAGUGGGAUUAUAAUAAAUAUUUAUCAACAUCUUUUAAAAUAGACUCAUUUUUCAGUGAUAAAUGUAAUGUCAAUGGGAUGUGGAUUAGGAAAUCUACUUCAUGCGAGCAACGGGCCAUACCAUCCUUUAUGAAAACAACUGAAUCGUUACAUUUGAAUGAUACGCAUGAUGCGGGUGAUUUGAUGAAUAAAAAAGUAAUACAAGUCGCAAUAAAAAAUAAUACAUUGAAGAAAACUUUAAAGGGGAAUAUUCAUACAAAUGUUGAUAAAUUAAUCUGUUCAAUUUAUGAAGCAGGAAUUAUUACUCCAAAUGAAUGGAAUUAUACUAAGGAAUUUAAUAGUGCCGUUAAGACGCUACCAGAAAAUUUUGAUAGACAUGAAAUAUACAAUACAUGUCCGGUAAAACUUUUUAUAGAAAAAUCUGAAGAUUUUAGAUGUUCUAAAGUUGUAAAGCCUUGGAUUAAUUUUUUUAAAAAGUUUGGAACUCACAUAAUAACUUCAAUUUUAGUUGGCGGACAAAUGUUAAAUAUGGAAUUGUAUUCCGAUAUGACAGAUAAAAUUGUCGGUAAAAAUUUAGAGAAUGGUGACUCUAAGUCCGCAAAUAAAAGUAAUUAUAAGAAUUUGGUUUCGACAAAAAAAUCCAUUUUUGAUCAAUGGUCUAUUGGCGGUGUACCUAAAGGUAAAUUAUUCUUGGGAAAUUCUGCAAAUAUGAAAGGAGAAUAUUCAAACUGGGCAAAAUCUGUGUAUGAAAACCCAAUGCCAAUCCAUUGUGGAUUGGAGGAAAUAUUUGCAAUCUCCGAUGAAAAAGCUUUUAAAAAACUUCUAAAGCCUUACAGAAAUGCAAUUAAAUACUAUUACGAACUGCUUGGACCUCCUAACAAAGUAGGCAAUAUGUCAAUGGGUGUAUUUAACUCCCUAAACAAACUGGUAAUAACGGUUCUAAUUCAUAAGUUAAGUGGAAUGAGCAUGAUAAUACAACAUGGAAAAUACCCAUUUUCCCAUUGUAAGGAUAAUGAAGAGGUAGUAGCUGGGUUUUCGUUGCAAAUUGUUGAUGAUAAAAUGGAAUUCGAACAAUGUGAAUCGGGAAGAGAUGGAUGCAUGGGAAAGGGUGAAGCUGAAUCUUCAUUUACGUUCAUAUUAUGUUCUAAAGAGCCUAAUGAAUUAAUCACAUCAAUAGCAUAUAAUGAUCAAGAGGUAAAUUGCCCUGAUAAUUACAUUAUAGCAUUAGGAUAUACUGAGUCUAUUAGACACGUUAAGGGGGAGAAUUCAGUAUCUAGAUGUAAUAGAGGUGAUAGAAACUGUGGCAGCAAAGGUAAAAACACCUGGGUAAUGUGUGUACAUGAAAGCGUGCCUGGAAUUAUGAAUUUUAAAAGUGAAAAUUUUACGGAGCUCGACAGACUUAUUAGAAUCUUCAAAUGA